GGCACAGGACCACAGCCUGGUGUUGCCACACACACAAAGACUGUUUGUACAGACAGCAAAAAAGAUGGCAGCUACACUUGGUAGUUACACGAUACCUUUAGUUGGAGUUAGUAUCUUCAUUGCUACUCUGACUUACAUCACCUACAAGCUGCUCAGCAGUUACCUGCACAAAUGGUUCGAGAUGAAGCCUAUUCCCCAGCUGGAGGGGACAUACCCCCUAGUUGGAAAUGCACUGCAGUUCAAGACCAAUUCAGGAGAUUUCUUCCGUCAAAUUGAGGAUUUUACCCGCGAGUUCUUUGAUGCACCAUUGUUUAAACUCUGGGUUGGACCAUUACCAUUUGUGGUUCUGUUUCAUGCUGAAACUGUUGAGACAGUUCUGACUAACCCUGUUCACAUGGACAAAGCCUAUUCUUACAAUUUCCUCCACCCUUGGCUUGGAACUGGCCUUCUCACUAGCACUGGGCUUAAGUGGCGUCAGCGGCGUAAGAUGUUGACUCCCACCUUCCACUUCUCCAUCCUGACAGACUUCUUGGAAGUGAUGAACGAGCAGGCUGAGAUCCUGGUGGAGAAGCUGGAGAAACAGGCGGGGAAGGGUCCAUUUAACUGCUUCAAUCACGUCACCCUCUGUGCACUGGACAUCAUCUGUGAAACUGCAAUGGGAAAGAAAAUUUAUGCUCAGAGUAACUCUGAUUCAGAAUAUGUUAAAAGUGUGUACAAAAUGAGUGACAUCAUCAGCCGCAGACAGAGGACACCUUGGUUUUGGCCUGACUUUGUAUACAACUACUUUGGUGAGGGUCGGGAACACAACAAGACACUCAAGAUUCUACACUCCUUUACAUACAGUGUGAUAACUGAAAGAUCAGAGAAUAUUUCCAACACUGAACCAGACAGUGACUCUGACCAGGGCCCGAAGAAAAGACGAGCAUUUUUGGACAUGCUCUUGAAGACUACAGAUGAGAAUGGCAACAAGAUGAGCAAUCAGGACAUUCAGGAGGAAGUGGACACCUUUAUGUUUAGGGGUCAUGAUACCACAGCCGCCUCUAUGAACUGGGCCCUGCAUCUGCUGGGCUCCCACCCUGAGGCACACAGCAAAGUUCAACAAGAGCUUCAGGAGGUGUUUGGUACAUCUGACCGCUCCAUUAACAUGGAGGACCUGAAGAAGCUCAGAUACCUAGAGUGUGUUGUCAAGGAGGCCCUGCGACUGUAUCCCUCUGUGCCUUUCUUUGCCCGCAGCCUCUGUGAAGACUGCCAUAUCAAUGGUUUCAAGGUUCCCAAAGGUGCCAAUGCAAUCAUCGUCACGUACGCUCUUCACCGUGAUCCACGAUAUUUCCCUGAACCUGAGGAGUUCAGGCCUGAGCGUUUUCUGCCUGAGAAUUCAGUAGGAAGACCUCCAUAUGCAUACAUCCCCUUCUCUGCUGGCCUCCGCAACUGUAUUGGUCAGCGUUUUGCACUAAUGGAAGAAAAGGUGGUCUUGGCAUCCAUUCUGCGUAACUUCAACGUUGAAGCUUGUCAGAAACGAGAGGAUCUGCGGCCAGUGGGAGAGCUCAUUCUCCGACCAGAGAAGGGCAUCUGGAUCAAACUGGAAAAGAGGACACCUCAGGCUUAAUCAAACUAACAAAUUCUCCAGUUUAGAGAUGCCUCUAACCGCUAACAAUAAUAGUAUUUGCAAAUUAAAUGAAAAGCUCUAUGAAACGGAAUUUGCAGACUAAGAAUGAACCACUUUUAGCAAAUUAAUUGGUCAUUGUGAAACAUAUUGAUUCUGAACUGGAUGAAAAGGAAGAUAAAUUACAUUACUGCACGUCACUUCUAUCCAUUUUCUAUGGUCAUAUGCUUUGUAAUAAAAUAAACUGUACAUGUAACAGUUCAUUUAUAAAUUUUAAACUCUUCAAAUCUAAUGUUUAUAUCUAUUUUUGUCAGUGGCUGCAAAUCUAGAGGAAUCAAAUCAUCUGGAAAUAAUUUUCUCAAUGGGAAAAACAUGUUUACAAUAAAGUGCCUAAGAUAUUUUAGAUAUUGGUUAUGAUUGUAGAGAGCGUGUGAUAUACAGUAUAUGUGAGACUUUAGAACAUAUCUUGUGGUAUUAGUUUGUAAUGAAAUGCCUAAGCCCUCAGACUCAGAAGUGCAGAACAGGGCUUAACAACAAACACUUUCACACAUUCAUUACUUACAAAGAUAACCCUGUCAUUUGUGCAGCUUUUCAUCUAGCUACAGUUUUUCCUCCUCUGUGUCUCCAUGUUACAUGUCUUAAAGUUAGUUUAUUCCUUAUUCUGGUUAGAUUAUCUAUUCACAGUCACUUUCUUACUGUACUGUAUAUCUGUGUAUAAGUCUGACUGUUUGUGUAAUGAGAGUGUGGAAUGUUGAAAAAAAUCUAAUAAAAUCUAUAUUGUGAACCUA